UUUCAGGGCAAACCCCUCACGACGGAGACAAUGCAACCACCGAUCACGACAAAACCUCCGGCGACGGCGGAGAAAUCUCCGGCGCCGGAGCCUCCGCGGUUCCGGGAAAUGCUAAUGUGGUGGCGGAGAUGGACGGUGCUGGUGGCGGCGAUUUGGAUUCAGGCCUCCACGGGGACGAACUUUGAUUUCUCAGCUUAUUCCUCGGACCUGAAAUCCGUUCUGCAGAUUUCUCAGUCGAGACUGAAUUAUCUGGCGGUGGCUUCGGACUUGGGCAAGGCUCUGGGCUGGUCCUCCGGCUUCGCUCUGUCGUAUUUCCCGCUCUCCGGCGUCCUCUUCGCCGCCGCGGCCAUGGGUCUCGUCGGUUACGGCGUCCAAUGGUUCGUCAUCUCCAAUUUCAUCACUCUGCCUUAUUUUCUGGUUUUGGUAAGCUGUUCGUUAGCAGGGCUAAGCAUCUGCUGGUUCAACACGGUCUGCUUCGUUCUCUGCAUUCAGCAUUUCACAUCAAGCCAUUCUCUCGCCCUUUCUCUCGUAGUCAGCUUCAAUGGCGUCAGCCCUGCUUUAUACAACCUCGUUCACGAAUCGAUCAGCCCUUCCUCGGCAUCUUCCCUCUACCUUCUCUUGAACUCUCUCGUCCCGUUCUUCGUCUCGGCCCUCGCCCUUUACCCCGUCACGACGAAACCCUCUCUAGACACGUCUCCGAGCCACGGGAUUUCCCGACACGACAGUCACGUGUUUGUCUCUUUGAAUGUCUUGGCCCUCAUCACUUGCUUCUACCUCCUCUUCCCUAUAUCUUUGUCCCCUCCUCUUCAUCUCCUCGGGGCGAUUCUCCUCCUCGUUCUCCCCUUGUCGAUUCCCGUUCUUGUUUUCGCCUUCGAUUACCUUCUUCGCGAUUCUUGCCUCGGUCAUCAAAGCUCAGGAUAUGUGAUUGUCGAUAUGGACGAGCCGGAGAUUCUUAAAGGGUUAGCUUCUGAUCUGUCGUCGGAUCGGAAGAGAAGAGAGGAGAUAGAGAUAGUGAAGAUCGGGGAUGAACACUCGUUGUCGUUGCUUAUACGAAGAAUCGAGUUUUGGUUAUAUUACUUAGCGUAUUUUUGCGGAGGAACCAUCGGUCUUGUUUACAGCAACAACUUGGGACAGAUCGCUCAGUCUUUAGGACAGAGCAGUUCGGAUGCCAAGACCCUUGUCACGGUUUUCUCGUCAUUCUCCUUCUUCGGAAGACUGCUCUCGUCCGCUCCGGAUUUUACUCGAAAGAAAUUUGAAUUGACAAGAACUGGUUGGUUUACCAUCGCUCUCAUACCGACCCCUAUCGCAUUCUUCAUCCUGGCUUCAUCUCCGACAUGUCGAAUGACGAUUCAGACAGCAACUGCCAUGAUUGGUCUGAGCUCGGGCUUCAUCUUCGCAUCGGCUGUCUCCAUUACUUCCGAUCUCUUCGGCCGCAACAGCGUAGGUGUAAACCAGAACAUUCUCAUCACCAACAUUCCCAUUGGCUCUUUCGUAUACGGUUAUAUAGCUUCGUAUUUAUACGAAUCGAAUACGAAUUCCGGAACGAAAUCUGUGGUUUCGGAUUCGGUUGUUUGCGUUGGUAAAGAAUGUUACUUAAGAACGUUCCUCGUGUGGGGAUGCUUGUCAGUUUUCGGUCUCGUUUCUAGCUUCUUGCUCUUUGUUAAAACCAGAUCGGUUUAUCACCGGUUAGAUCAAAACCGGUUUUAAACCGGGUUUUUAAUGGAUAGGUUUCACCAGCAAUGUAGUUACUGUCUCCGGUUCCGACAU